AGCAACAGAUAGACAUCAACUUAAAGUAAAGACAGACUCUCAGCUAAAAGGAAGAUGGGGACAGAUAAUAUAAAUUCCACUACAGGUAAAUCGUCUGCACUGGAAGCAGCUUCCAAACACAUCCAAACAGCCUCCAUUGUCAUCUACUGCUUGAUAAUUAUACUUGGAACUCUGGGCAACGGGCUGGUCAUCUAUGUGACAGGCUUCAAAAUGAAGAAAACAGUCGACUCAGUUUGGUUUCUCAACCUGGCCAUAGCUGACUUCCUCUUUGUGUCCUUCCUGAUUUUCUCAGUCAUUUCUCUCUCUCAGAAUCACCAGUGGCCCUUUGGAGCAUUCAUGUGCAAGCUCAACAACUUUGUGAGUGUAGUCAACAUGUUUGCCAGUAUCUUCACUCUGACAGCCAUGAGUCUGGAUCGUUGCUUGUCCAUCUGGGUGGUGGUGUGGGCGCACAACAAGCGCACAGUCUGCAAAGCUCAGCUCAUAUCAGCUGGUAUCUGGGUGAUUGCUGCGGUCUGCAGCACCCCUUAUGCCACUUUUCGCACUGUUUUUGAACACAAUGGGUCAAGAUUCUGUGGUUAUUCUGCAAACAUGACACAUGAACAAAAAUGGAGUCUCUAUAUUUUUCGCUUUGUUAUGGGCUUUGUGAUCCCAUUCCUGGUAAUAUUUGGUUCUUAUAUGGCCAUAGGCAUUCGUGCAAUGCGCAUCCAGAGAACAAGGAAACAGAGAUCACGCAGAAUCAUUUUCUCCAUCAUUUUUGCAUUCUUCAUCUGCUGGUUGCCAUUCCAUGUUUUCAAUUUUAUAGAAUUGAAGGCUAGGACUAACUCAGACCUCUGGGGCAUUGUUAGAAUUAUGGGUCCUCCGACUGUGUGUCUGGCCUUUCUGAACAGCUGCCUGAACCCCAUCCUCUAUGUUUUCAUGUGUGAUGAAUUCAAGAAGAAGCUUCAGAAAUCCAUAUGUUUUGUGCUCGAGAGUGCCCUGGCAGAGGACCAUUUGUCAUUUAUGUCCACUCGCUCCAUGUCAUCAAACUUUUCAAGGAUUUCCCGAAAAUCAGAUGCUGUUGCAACUUUAGAGAAGAUCGACCCAAAUGCUUUUGAAUCCUUCACAGAAAGCACUGCAGAGACACCCAGGUCUGAAUAAGGCCUCAAUAACAGAAAUUGUAAAUUGAAAUGAUUUUUUUUAAACACAAAAUUUUAAUCUCAAGCUGAUUCAGAUGGUAAAUGUGUGCACAGAAAUCUAAAAUGUCCAUGUGUUAAUAUGGUACCUAAUGGUUUCUUACUAUUGCAAAGAGAAUCACACAGGAAAUAUAAAUUAGUCAUACUAAUGGAAAACCUAUGUGGUUGUGCUACUGAUUAAAUGAAUCAAACCUGUAAAGUCAACUUUUAAAUUUUCCUUUGAGAACAGCUUCAUAUUUGUGUAUGUAAGCUUUUAAUGCUCCUGCAUAUUUAAUGUUUAUUAGUAUAAGCAUCCAUUAAACUGUCACA